AUGUGGCCGUCGUCCAAGUACAGCAAGCGGUACCAGCGGCGCCUGACGCAAUGGCGCGAGAAGCAGGGAUGGGUCGCGCCGCCUGCCGCUGCAGUGACGCACGACCAGACGGGCCUGAACGGGUACAACACGGAGCCGAUCGACCAGUGGGAGACGGUGACGCCCAUGGACGUCGAGCCGGGAUACCCGACCACGACAGCGUACGGCAAGCCAGUACAUGCAGUGCACGACUACUACGACGACGACCGCGUGCCGCAGCAGUAUGCGCAGGGCCCGGCGGACUGGGAGUUCGUCGACCAGCGCCAGCACUACCACCCGCAGCAGCGCGACUAUCCGCCCCUCGACAGCGCGCAGCCCAGCUACCCUCCUGCGACGGGAGCGCCGAGUCGCUACGCCACGCAGACAUACACGACGCAGCCUGUGCCGCCUCCCGGGCAUCCUGAGCAGCCGCCAAUGACGUAUCAGCCGGCGGGAGAGCGCAUCGACCCGCAAGUCGGGUGGCAGCAGCACGCCUCGUGGCGCGGGACAUGCACGCCGCAGGACGUCGCCGGCUUCCGCGCGCCCGAGAGCCCCGGCGGCGCAGGCUCGCCCGUCUCUCUCGUCUCGCCCAAUGGCGCCAGCGCCAACGCAAGCACCGGCAGCGACCGCCGCCGUAUCCACCGCGACAACGUCCUCCCCGGCAGCGCCUACUAA